UACACGGUUGCAUCACCGCUUUUGCAAAGGCUUCGCUCUCUGGACUAUAAAUAGCAUUACGUCAGCCUAUGACUAGCACUCGUAUAUAAAUGGUGAUGCAACCCCUCGCAAGGAGAGACUUACACUGAGAGGGAGAUAGAGAACCGUAGAGCGAGAUCUGACAGUCGCAGUACGCACCACACGAGCUGUGAGAGCGCGCUCGCCAGAUAAGAAGAGAACACUUCGCUACAUCUCGAGUUCCGCCACUGGGUCAUCGUCACAACGCCAAGCGGUUGGACAGAAAAUGAUGCUCCAGCACUCCGGUCAAGGUUCCAUGUUAGAUGUCAGUGCUUGUGCUGUUGUUCCUUGCCUUUCCCCACCCAACUCCUUGGCAUUUGAUGAUUUUGCAAGUCUGACUCCACUGGUGAAGGAAGAGAUAAGGUGUGCCAUACAUAACAAAUGUUUAUCGAAUGGAACUAUGUCAUUGCUUGAAACUGUGACCAUGUCAGAAAGAUACAGUGACAUACCAAGUGUGAAGAAAGAGAUCUCCCCAGAAGAAGAAGAGAGACGAAGACGAAGAAGAGAAAGAAACAAAGUGGCUGCAGCAAAGUGCAGAAACAAGAAGAAAGAAAGAACAGAAUGUUUACAGAAGGAAUCAGAAAAAUUGGAAAGCAUCAAUGCAAGCCUAAAAGCUCAGAUCGAAGAGUUAAAGAAUGAGAAGCACCAGCUGAUAUAUAUGCUUAAUCUGCACCGACCCACAUGUAUCGUUCGAGCUCAGAACGGCAGGACCCCAGAAGAUGAGAGGAAUCUCUUCAUUCAACAAAUCAAAGAAGGAACACUGCUUGGCUAAAUGCAUUAUCCUGAGCUCAAUUAACUUAUUAAAGAUGGAACACCCUGAAGUCAAGUCUUUUAAUGGCUUAUGGAGACUCUGGGAAGAAGGUCUGCACUUUCUGAUUGAAGGGUAAAUGGUGAAUUAGUAUUAACCAGUCAGGGGCACUUUAUUUAACAGAUCUUUAGUCACUGAGCUUUCAAAGCUAUCCAUCUGCCCCAGUAGUACAUCCCACUUUUGUGAUGCCUACAUGUGCUGAACGGUGACCAUUUUGAGUCUGCUUAUACUGGUAAUACACUUUAUAGUAACCUGCGAAGUACUGCACACUUCCAGAAUGUCGAUGGAAUAGUACAAGACUGUGUUAUACUGGUGGGUAAACACCCAGGAAAACAAGUGUGAUGCAGUGAACUAGCUUAUAUUUCCAAAACUGCUAUAUGACAUAGUAACAUGGGCUGCAUGUCAUAUUACACUGGAUUCAUCGGUAAUUUGGAUUUAAGCUUUAUAUGUGUGAUUUCCUAUAAGAAUCACCAUGGUAGUAAUGACUCCCAUCAGUGAGGCGUACUGAAGGAUGGCACUUUAAAUAUUGACAUGCUGGCCUUUCAGUACCAUAGCAUUAACUGUCCACACUGUCCUUACCAGUUAAGGGAGCUGUGAGUAGCACAAAAGUCCAUGAAUUUUUAAAGCUGGAUAAUUUGCACUACAUGGCCUGUGCAUCUAGUACUACCAUGCAGUUUGAACAUUGUAUUUCAGCUUUCGGUGUAGUUCAAAAGAUACCUCAUCGUGCAACUGGCUACUGGAUAACAAUGAAAGACCUGCAACCUACCAGGGUAUCCUUGGUAGGUUGUACACAACUAAAAAAGUAUCUUGAAAUUGUAAUAUUAACAUGUAAUAUACAGCUAUUUAGAAUGUAUAUGUGUAUUUAUUAUAUUCUAUGGCUAGAUAACAAAUGGAUAUAUAAUGUCUUUGGGUGAAUAAAUUGCAUUGCAUCUCUGUGGAAGACUGGUGUGAUGUCAAACUGGGGUAACGAAUAUUUGGAGAAGGUUGAGUACCAGGUAGAUUUCCAGUCUCUCUCAGUACUUUUGGCUUCCAAGUACUCUGUAGACAAUAGCUGAUAUUACCUGUAGUGGCUUAGGCUUGUUUUCUUUGAUACCACUCCUAAAUAUUAAGUGCAGGUAUUUUUGAUUUUCUAGCAGGGGCUAUUUAUUUAAGUAGUUAUAAAAUUAUGGCAUAAGUCAUAAUCCUUAAGUGAUAUCAAAGGUAACAAUACUGAUGAGCCAUUAGGAAAGUUUUCCAGGUUAACUUGUUUAUACAGGGAGCAGAUUAUGAAGAUGUAUAAACAAGAUUUCUGUAACAAUAGACAUGGUUGUGUUGUAUAAAAGAUCAUAUGUCUUUAGUGGGCUACCCUUUCCCAAGAGAUCCUUCUGCACUGCUUUCUGUUCAGUAUUGCACUUGAAUGCCAAAGAAACCUGGCUUUUUUUUACCUCCUUUCUCCACUAGAGACAAAAUGGCAGAUACAUAUAUUCUUUUUAUAUACUAAUUGAAGUAAAGGUACUACAGCAUUUUGACAUUACAUUGAUUUUUUUUUUGGGGGGGGGGGUUGUCAGUGUGUCUCUGUAAACUCGCUUAAGUAAAUAAAGUGCUGGAGAUUCAGCAGAAACCUUUUGCUAAUUUAAGCAGAUGGCUUGACUGUGUCAUCAAGAGCAUGGUGAUAUGCCCAGGGUCUCAGUCCGAAUAGCUGAUUCCCACUAGUGUUUCAGUAAUAACAUUAGUAUAGUCCGAAUAGCUGAUUCCCACUAGUGUUUCAGUAAUAACAUUAGUAUAAGGUACGGCACUUGGCAGGUUAGACUUGUCUGAUUCAAGCAGAUGUCAUAGGUAUCUUGCCUAAAGACUGCAAUAUAUUGUGUGUGUGUGUGUGUGUGUGUGUGUGUGUGUGUGUGUGUGUGUGUGUGUGUGUGUGUGUGUGGUGUGCAUGUGUGUUUCUGAUGCACUUCUUGUCAACUUAAAAAUGUAGAUAAGCAUAGAAUAUAUCGGGUGGCAUUUGAAGGAUAUUCUUCCCCCUUUAUGUCUCUACACUGUCUUUGACUUUAGAUCCUGGUAGUUUUAUUCCCAAGUGGCUUACUACUUAACUCAGGGGGUUGCAGUGACUGUGUCUCCCCCUCCAUCUUUUCUUUUGAAUUUCCCAAGUUAUUAGCUUUCAAGAUGUAAUUUCCUCUUCACAUUUGUUACUAUGCUUUAUCCAAGUGACGCAGGCGUUGCUUUUGUUGUGUCUUGGGAAUAUUACCUGCAUGCAACAUGCUUGAGCAAAAUGCACAUUUUCAUGUAAGGUAAUCCCCUUCCCAUAUGUUGGUUGUUUUACUGUUACCAGUUCUGGUACUACAGUUAUUAAAUGUGCUCAGAUAAUUGAUAUGAAACAGAUUGUAUUAUAUGACUGUGACAAAAAUGAUGCAUGAAGAAUUGCCACUGUUUACUGCUUCCAGGCGAACAGAUAAAAACUCUAAAAAUGUAUUUAAAAAUUUUUGCUGUACUUCGUUCAUUUAUUGUUUUGAUACUUUAAUAAAAAAAAGUUUAUACCUCG